AUGGCCCACUCGGACUUUUCGAAGAGAGGAGCAUUCCUGCGUAUGGCCGACAUCUUUCCAGGUCAAGAGUCGUAUUACGAAAAUAGAAAAUUUGAUCUGAUCAAUGUCUGGCGCGUUUUACGAGGGCCAAGUAACGACUGGCCUCUGGCAGUAUGCGACUACAGCCUCAUCAACGCCGAAAACGACAUCACUACGAAUGAUGCCCUUCAUUACAAACGAAUAGGAGAGAACUCAUUACUUUAUCAUAGUGAUGCACAGCGGUGGUACUACCUUAGUAACAUGGAAGAGGAUGACCUACUAGUUUUCAGGAAUGUCGAUUCGGACGGGACGAUGGCUCGCGGUUUCCAUGCGUCAUUUCACAAUCCAAACUCGGCCGGUGAAUUUCGACACAGCAUAGAAGUUAGACUCGUGGCAUUUCGUGAUUGA